AUGCUCAAGACGUAUGCCAACCUUCCAGAAGCACCUCAAGAGGAGGCUUCUCUCAGCAAUAGGUUCAAGACGUAUGCCAACCUUCCAGAAGCACCUCAAGAGGAGGCUUCUCUCAGCAAUAGGUUCAAGACGUAUGCCAACCUUCCAGAAGCACCUCAAGAGGAGGCUUCUCUCAGCAAUAGGUUCAAGACGUAUGCCAACCUUCCAGAAGCACUUCAAGAGGAGGCUUCUCUCAGCAAUAGGUUCAAGACGUAUGCCAACCUUCCAGAAGCACUUCAAGAGGAGGCUUCUCUCAGCAAUAGGAUCAAGACGCAUGACAACUUUCCAGAAGCACCUCAAAAGGAGGAUUCUCUCAGCAAUAGGUUCAAGACGUAUGCCAACCUUCCAGAAGCACCUCAAGAGGAGGCUUCUCUCAGCAAUAGGCUCAAGACGUAUGCCAACUUUCCAGAAGCACCUCAAAAGGAGGAUUCUCUCAGCAAUAGGCUCAAGACGUAUUCCAACUUUCCAGAAGCACCUCAAGAGGUGGAUUCUCUCAGCAAUAGGCUUAAGACGUAUGCCAACUUUCCAGAAGCACCUCAAAAGGAGGAUUCUCUCAGCAAUAGGUUCAAGACGUAUGCCAACCUUCCAGAAGCACCUCAAGAGGAGGCUUCUCUCAGCAAUAGGCUCAAGACGUAUGCCAACUUUCCAGAAGCACCUCAAGAGGAGGCUACUCUCAGCAAUAGGCUCAAGGCAUAUGCCAACUUUCCAGAAGCACCUCAAGAGGAGGCUUCUCUCAGCAAUAGGUUCAAGACGUAUGCCAACCUUCCAGAAGCACCUCAAGAGGAGGCUUCUCUCAGCAAUAGGCUCAAGGCAUAUGCCAACUUUCCAGAAGCACCUCAAGAGGAGGAUUCUCUCAGCAAUAGGUUCAAGACGUAUGCCAACCUUCCAGAAGCACCUCAAGAGGAGGCUUCUCUCAGCAAUAGGUUCAAGACGUAUGCCAACCUUCCAGAAGCACCUCAAGAGGAGGCUUCUCUCAGCAAUAGGUUCAAGACGUAUGCCAACCUUCCAGAAGCACAUCAAGAGGAGGCUUCUCUCAGCAAUAGGCUCAAGACGAAUGCCAACCUUCCAGAAGUACCUCAAGAGGAGGCUUCUCUCAGCAAUAGAUUCAAGACGUAUGCCAACCUUCCAGAAGCACCUCAAGAGGAGGCUUCUCUCAGCAAUAGGUUCAAGACGUAUGCCAACCUUCCAGAAGCACCUAAAGAGGAGGCUUCUCUCAGCAAUAGGCUCAAGGCAUAUGCCAACUUUCCAGAAGCACCUCAAGAGGAGGCUUCUCUCAGCAAUAGGCUCAAGACGUAUGCCACCUUUCCAGAAGCACCUCAAGUGGAGGAUGCUCUCAGCAGUAGGCUCAAGACGUAUGCCAACCUUCCAGAAGCACCUCAAGAGGAGGCUUCUCUCAGCAAUAGGCUCAAGGCAUAUGCCAACUUUCCAGAAGCACCUCAAGAGGAGGCUUCUCUCAGCAAUAGGCUCAAGACGUAUGCCACCUUUCCAGAAGCACCUCAAGUGGAGGAUGCUCUCAGCAGUAGGCUCAAGACGUAUGCCAACCUUCCAGAAGCACCUCAAGAGGAGGCUUCUCUCAGCAAUAGGUUCAAGACGUAUGCCAACCUUCCAGAAGCACCUGAAGAGGAGGCUUCUCUCAGCAAUAAGCUCAAGGCAUAUGCCAACUUUCCAGAAGCACCUCAAGAGGAGGCUUCUCUCAGCAAUAGGCUCAAGACGUAUGCCACCUUUCCAGAAGCACCUCAAGUGGAGGAUGCUCUCAGCAGUAGGCUCAAGACGUAUGCCAACCUUCCAGAAGCACCUCAAGAGGAGGCUUCUCUCAGCAGUAGGCUCAAGACGUAUGCCACCUUUCCAGAAGCACCUCAAGUGGAGGAUGCUCUCAGCAGUAGGCUCAAGACGUAUGCCAACCUUCCAGAAGCACCUCAAGAGGAGGCUUCUCUCAGCAGUAGGCUCAAGACGUAUGCCAACCUUCCAGAAGCACCUCAAGAGGAGGCUUCUCUCAGCAAUAGGUUCAAGACGUAUGCCAACCUUCCAGAAGCACCUGAAGAGGAGGCUUCUCUCAGCAAUAAGCUCAAGACGUAUGCCAACCUUCCAGAAGCACCUCAAGAGGAGGCUUCUCUCAGCAAUAGGUUCAAGACGUAUGCCAACCUUCCAGAAGCACCUCAAGAGGAGGAUUCUCUCAGCAGUAGGUUCAAGACGUAUGCCAACCUUCCAGAAGCACCUCAAGAGGAGGAUUCUCUCAGCAGUAGGUUCAAGACGUAUGCCAACCUUCCAGAAGCACCUCAAGAGGAGGCUUCUCUCAGCAAUAGGCUCAAGGCAUAUGCCAACUUUCCAGAAGCACCUCAAGAGGAGGCUUCUCUCAGCAAUAGGCUCAAGACGUAUGCCACCUUUCCAGAAGCACCUCAAGUGGAGGAUGCUCUCAGCAAUAGGCUCAAGACGUAUGCCAACCUUCCAGAAGCACCUCAAGAGGAGGCUUCUCUCAGCAAUAGGCUCAAGACGUAUGCCACAUUUCCAGAAGCACCUCAAGUGGAGGAUGCUCUCAGCAAUAGGCUCAAGACGUAUGCCAACCUUCCAGAAGCACCUCAAGAGGAGGCUUCUCUCAGCAAUAGGUUCAAGACGUAUGCCAACCUUCCAGAAGCACUUCAAGAGGAGGCUUCUCUCAGCAAUAGGCUCAAGACGUAUGCCACAUUUCCAGAAGCACCUCAAGUGGAGGAUGCUCUCAGGAAUAGGCUCAAGACGUAUGCCAACCUUCCAGAAGCACCUCAAGAGGAGGCUUCUCUCAGCAAUAGGCUCAAGACGUAUGCCAACUUUCCAGAAGCACCUCAAAAUGAGGAUUCUCUCAGCAAUAGGUUCAAGACGUAUGCCAACCUUCCAGAAGCACUUCAAGAGGAGGCUUCUCUCAGCAAUAGGUUCAAGACGUAUGCCAACCUUCCAGAAGCACCUCAAGAGGAGGCUUCUCUCAGCAAUAGGCUCAAGACGUAUGCCAACUUUCCAGAAGCACCUCAAGAGGAGGAUUCUCUCAGCAAUAGGUUCAAGACGUAUGCCAACCUUCCAGAAGCACCUCAAGAGGAGGCUUCUCUCAGCAAUAGGCUUAAGACGUAUGCCAACUUUCCAGAAGCACCUCAAAAGGAGGAUUCUCUCAGCAAUAGGCUCAAGACGUAUGCCAACCUUCCAGAAGCACCGCAGGAGGAGGCUUCUCUCAGCAAUAGGCUCAAGACGUAUGCCAACUUUCCAGAAGCACCUCAAGAGGAGGAUUCUCUCAGCAACAGGUUCAAGACGUAUGCCAACCUUCCAGAAGCACCUCAAGAGGAGGCUUCUCUCAGCAAUAGGCUCAAGACGUAUGCCAACUUUCCAGAAGCACCUCAAGAGGAGGCUACUCUCAGCAAUAGGCUCAAGACGUAUUCCAACUUUCCAGAAGCACCUCAAGAGGAGGAUUCUCUGAGCAAUAGGUUCAAGACGUAUGCCAACCAUCCAGAAGCACCUCAAGAGGAGGCUUCUCUCAGCAAUAGGUUCAAGACGUAUGCCAACCAUCCAGAAGCACCUCAAGAGGAGGCUUCUCUCAGCAAUAGGCUCAAGACGUAUUCCAACUUUCCAGAAGCACCUCAAGAGGAGGAUUCUCUGAGCAAUAGGCUCAAGACGUAUGCCAACCUUCCAGAAGCACCUCAAGAGGAGGCUUCUCUCAGCAAUAGGCUCAAGACGUAUGCCAACCUUCCAGAAGCACCUCAAGAGGAGGCUUCUCUCAGCAAUAGGUUCAAGACGUAUGCCAACCUUCCAGAAGCACCUCAAGAGGAGGCUUCUCUCAGCAAUAGGUUCAAGACGUAUGCCAACCUUCCAGAAGCACCUCAAGAGGAGGCUUCUCUCAGCAAUAGGUUCAAGACGUAUGCCAACCUUCCAGAAGCACCUCAAGAGGAGGCUUCUCUCAGCAAUAGGCUCAAGGCAUAUGCCAACUUUCCAGAAGCACCUCAAGAGGAGGCUUCUCUCGGCAAUAGGUUCAAGACGUAUGCCAACCUUCCAGAAGCACCUCAAGAGGAGGCUUCUCUCAGCAAUAGGUUCAAGACGUAUGCCAACCUUCCAGAAGCACCUCAAGAGGAGGCUUCUCUCAGCAAUAGGCUCAAGACGAAUGCCAACCUUCCAGAAGUACCUCAAGAGGAGGCUUCUCUCAGCAAUAGGUUCAAGACGUAUGCCAACCUUCCAGAAGCACCUCAAGAGGAGGCUUCUCUCAGCAAUAGGCUCAAGGCAUAUGCCAACUUUCCAGAAGCACCUCAAGAGGAGGCUUCUCUCAGCAAUAGGCUCAAGACGUAUGCCACCUUUCCAGAAGCACCUCAAGUGGAGGAUGCUCUCAGCAGUAGAAGCGUCCCUUUUGCCCUGCCAAGCCUCGAAGAGAUUCCUGAGGUGUCCCUCGUUACUAGACAGGAGUCCUGA